UUAAAUCAAGCGCCAUAACAUUUUGUGUUAUUUUUCCUUAUAUUUGCAUUCGAUUACCGUAAUGUCUAUUGGAAACGCAUGAAAUAUUACCUAUCUUGCUUAAGUGCAUAAAAGUUUAUAUUCUACAUGUUUGUGUUUUUCAUGAAUAGUGUUUUGUAUUUGUGACUAUUUGUUUUUAACCGUGGCAAACUGCGGGAGAGGCUGAUAUUAUUUGACAAUUUAAAAUGGCGGCCACUUUUGAACUCAAAAAUGUAGUGUUUUUGGAGAUGAUUUCUAAAUAAAUAUUGUAUUAAAGCUGUGUAACAUUACAUAAACGGAUAAACACAGCAUACAAUCAAUAUGGAUCACAAUUUGGAGGACUCGUUAAACUUGGAAGGUGACAUAGGAGUUGACUUUGAGCAACCUGAAGAUAUUAUAGUGAGCGAAGCUGGUAUGACUCUUGAACAUUCCCCACAUGAAGACAGUAUUCCAAUGGAAUUUGAACAUAAUGAAGAUCAGCCUAUUCUCAUGGAUACAGGUGGCGAGGAGAUCAUUGAUUUUAUGGGGGAUCAGUUUACCCUUCAGGAGUAUUCUGUGCAGAGUGACCAAACCACUGGACUGACUACAACUGUGGAAUCAAAUCAGCAAAUACUGACAUCUCAGUCGGACUCUAUGUUGGAAUUGCGGUUCCCGCCACAAGUUGUGAACACUGUUAAAACAGAUGGGCUGCCUAAACUUAUAGCGGUUAAGUCUACUACGACACGUCCCAUCGCCAGGAAGAUCGAAACACUCCUGGCAACAGUGCCGCGACAGGUGGCGAUAGCUCCCAAACCACCCAAACUUGUCACAAUGAAAUCAUAUACUCCACCCAAACAACUGGCCAUUGCUCCUAAACCACUUAAUAUGCCCAGUAACAGAGGCCAAAGUCUGGUGAAGAAGGUGUCUAUAGCCAAUGUUGUGCAAGGCACUACAAAAGGGAAUACUGUUUUGGCACAGAUAGGAAAGCAGUUAAUAAUGGUGCCUUCUGGAUCUCAGAAGAUAAAACUUGUAUCUUCUACUAAAAAUAUGCCCAAUAUACAGUAUAUAGGGGAUCAGGCACAGCUGAUACCAAAUAAAAGUACCAGCAAUACACAAACCAAGCCUGUGGUGACCAAAGUAUUCACAGUCCAAGGUAAACAGAAUGUCGACCAGCCGGCAGUAAUAACAAAGAUAGCGCCUGCCAGUGGCGCCAAUAAAGCGCGAUAUGUCACCAUGCCACCGAAGGCUAUGCCCAUUACGUUGGGAAAUAAGGUACUGAUGGCAGCGACUUCGAAGCAAGGUAUGGUGAAGUUGACGAAAAAGCAAGAAAUUAUAACCAUCCAACCGCCAACUACAAAGUUAUUGCCUGCUCCAUCACUGGUGCCGGUGAGCAGUGGUCCCUCGAAAAGCAAAGUAGUAAUAACAAACGCGACGAAAAAUGUUAUUCUCAAAUCGACAAAUGCUCAACCUAAAUCCUCCGAGGUGGUAAAAAACAGCAAUGUAGUUAUAGAAAACCAAAAGUCCCAACUACAUCAGAUCAACGUACCUGGCAAAGGUGUCCAAUACGUUCGCAUCUUUACCAAUCCAAAGUCGACACCGAAGCCAACACCGAAGCCGCCUCCUAAGCCCUUGACACUCAAUACUAAAACAUUUGUACUUACUGAUAAUAAAGGUAAUGUUAUUCAGAUGACAGCUGAGAAAAUGACAGCCGGCCAGCCGCCCUCGCUCGUGCUCACCAACAAUACAAAUCAAAGCACGGCGACAAAACCUAAGCAUAAACUUGUGAGGAUAGCGCCAGUUUUACCAAAAAUUACACAAGUAGUAUCGCAAAGUGGACGUUCAUCCCAAAGUCUCCUAGCCCCACUAUCGCCUGUCCAAUCAACGACAACGGAGAGUUCUUCUCUACCAGAAAUCAAAACUUUAUUAGAAGAAGAGGAAGAGCCCUAUCAGAGUGCGGGCGAAGAAGAGGUGCGGGGGGUGGAAUCGGCGGAAGAGGAAGUCGAUUCUAAAGCGGCGCUGCGUCAACUUAUAGAGAACGCAGUGUCUGACGACGCAAACUUGAGCGUUAACGAAGUUGAGAUCGAAUAUAAGCAACAUCAUAGUCCACCCGAUGACAAUAGCACAGACAGUAUGGAGCAACACGACUCGAGCGGCCAGUCAGAGCAGCAUCCGUUUAUUGUGCUUCCUACCAAGUUUGAGCCACAGCAGCCCGAAAUCACAAUAGAGGAGCGGGACUCGUUGGAUGAUUCACAUCCAAUGGAUAAUAGUACGAUAAAUAUGGACGAGGAAGCGAUGAACAAUACUUACCAGACGACCGCCCUUUCGGAAUCAGACAUGGUAUCUUCAGAUUUUGGCCUCCGUCCACGCAAGGCUUGCAACUGCACAAAGUCUCAAUGCCUCAAGUUGUACUGCGAUUGCUUUGCAAAUGGGGAGUUCUGCAACCGCUGCAACUGUGUCAACUGCCAUAACAAUCUAGAGAACGAGGAGUUGAGGCAGAAGGCCAUCCGGGGCUGCCUGGAUCGGAACCCUAACGCUUUUAGGCCCAAGAUUGGCAAAUCGAAAACUGGAGGUCCGGAAAUUAUUCGCAGGCACAACAAGGGAUGCAACUGUAAACGAAGUGGCUGCCUCAAAAACUAUUGCGAAUGCUACGAGGCGAAGAUUGCGUGCACGGCGAUGUGCAAGUGCGUCGGCUGCCGCAACGUAGAGGAGACGCUCGAGCGGCGACAUCGCAACAACGUGCCGCGACUUCUGCCCGCACCGCCGCCCGUCGCGCCGCUCACACCCAAGCAACCGUGCAGUUUCAUGACGACAGAAGUGAUAGAAGCCGUGUGCCAGUGUCUGAUAGCAGCUGCGGUGGAAAACAAGGAUGAGCCGGAACAGAGGGAGAUAGAUCCAAUGAGGGAUGUCAUCGAGGAGUUUGCGCGCUGUCUGCAGGAUAUCAUCAGCGCCGCACACCAGAGUACGCCGCCCGGGCUGAUGGAGGAGGAGCCGGCAUGAUAAAUGAAGAGGAAUGAGUCCAUUAAGACUAAUAUUUAUGAGCAAUAAUAUAUUCCAAAAGUGAUAGUUAAACAUAAAGUUAUAUAGAGCAAUCCAAUGUUUAUAAAAGGUGCAAUCAAAUAUUUUUAAAAUGUUCCUAAUACAGAUUUGCUAAUAGUUUCUGCGUACUUAAUAGGUCAGUACUAAAACUAACCAACCAAUAAAGGCCAUGCUUCAAAACUUAAACAAUGUAACCGAUCGAGAGGCUUUAUUUGCAAUAUUAUUUAAGUUACCACCCCCGGAACGCAAAAUUGAUGAAACUUCUAUAAUGCAAUAGAAGGUGCUUUUUGCGCAUACUUAAGUUUCAAAUGUCGUAGCUAAUAAGACCUCAUGGCAGUAAACUGGGUAAUGAUUGCUUAAAAUUGUAAAUUGUUUUCAAACGAUCGACAUCUACGCUAUUAAAAAAAAUAUGUAUGGAUUUUUUUAUUUAUUCGUUUGUGCGUG